GUGUGGUCUGGCAAGCCAAUGUUUGUUUGAAUUUCUACAAUGUAACGUCGGUAAAGUUCUGCUGUAAUUGAUGCAACCUUUGUCGUACUACCAAAGCGUAGCGUUAAACAAGAACUUUUUGUUGUUCUUAUCUGAGGUCUAUUAAGUUUAUUUGAAUGUGGCUCUUUGUGAUAGUCGUUCCACAGCAGUAGUGCGCGACCGUGAAACUCCAUAGCAACGAUUGUGUUUAUUAGAACAUUUUCUAAACUAAAAAGUUCAUUCCGAGCUACUGUAAUUCAAUUUGUUGCGGGACAUUCCGAUGUUUGAUUUUUGUUAAAGUUUGUAAACAAAUAAAUUUAUAAAAAAUGCCUGAAAUAGUGGAAAAUGUUGAUAAGCCAGAAGAUUAUUAUGGAAUUGAUUUAGAUGGUGUCCUUAGUGAAUUGGGUGAAUUUGGAAAAUUUCAAAAAAUUAUUUACUUCCUAACGUUCCUGCCAGUGAUAUUGGAUUCGUGUUUGUGUAUGAGUUACAUUUUUACAACCGCGCAGGUGGACUACAGAUGUAAAAUUCCGGAAUGUGAUAAAAAUGUGACAGAGUACACACCCAUCUGGCUCGAAAAUGUUGUUCCAUUUCAACACAAUGAACCAGAAAAAUGUAUGCGAUAUUCAACAAAUAUGUAUAGCAAUAGUUCCAUCCGCCAGUGUUCAGGCGAUGGAUUUGACAACACAAAACGAAUAAAAUGUGACGAAUUUGUAUACAAAACCAAUGAAGUGACAAUAUUGAACGAGUUCAACCUGACAUGUCGAGAGAACGAAUGGAAAUUGACAUUAAUUGGAACGGUUAAAAACACAGCCGAGCUAAUUAUGCUACCAAUUUCGGGAAUGCUUUCAGACCGAUUCGGAAGGAGAACUAUGCUGAUCUGUGCAUUUUCACUAACAGGAACGUUAGGAAUUUUAAUUUCAUUUUCAUGGAAUUACUGGAUGUUUGCGUCGCUGGAAUUCGCCACAGCUCUUCUAACGUCCGGUUCAUAUAUGUCCGUAUUCAUACUUGGCAUGGAACUGGUCGGCAAGAAUAAGAGAGUGCUCGGCGGAGCCGUCAUUUCGAUGAUAUUUUCAUUUGGACAAAUAUUUUUGGGCGUUGCUGCAAUGUAUGCAAUGAAUUUUAGAAUUUUACUGCGAAUUUUGUACUCGCUGGCACUGGUCACAGUUUCCUAUAUAUGGGUGAUACCGGAAAGUUUUCGAUGGCUGCUGAGCAAAGGUCGGAACAAGGAGGCCGUUGACAUCUUGUUCAAGGCAGCCAGAGUGAAUAAAGUCGAAUUGUCGAGUUCAACAGUACAUGCGUUGAAUAAGUGCGCGGAAAGUAACGGAACCAAUUUGCCGACACAUUCGAAGACUCUGUCUGUGCUGAGUGUCAGAUCCAAACGGCUGUUCCUACGACUUGCUAAUUGCUGCUUUUGUUGGUUUACAAUGGGAUUCGUUUACUACGGACUAAGUGUACAGUCUGUGGCGUUGGGUGGCAACAAAUUUGCUAAUUUCAUUUGGAUCAGCGUCUCCGAAGUACCAGCAUGUAUCAUUUCGUACUUUUUGAUGGAUCGAGCCGGUCGAAAGAUCACAUUGUCCAGUACGAUGAUUUUGGCAGGAAUAUUCUGUUUUGCGUACGAAUUCAUUCCGGCUGAAGCAAUAUUCCUGAGGAUUUUCAUGUUCUUCAUUAGCAAGUGUGCCAUAUCUAUUUCGUUCAGCGUGACAUAUGUUUACACCACAGAAUUGUUUCCGACAAAUCUAAGGCAAGGAUUAAUGGGUAUAUGUGCAGCCUGUGGAUACAUUGGUUCGAUGACGGCACCACAGACACCAUUGUUGGCUCGUCUGAUGCCGUCACUUCCAGUAAUACUGUUCGGUGGCAUUUCGAUGCUAUCCGGAUCGUUGGUGCUAUUCCUUCCGGAAACUUUCAACACAAAUCUUCCAGACACCAUUGCAGAAGCGAAAAAUAUCGGCAGAACCAAGCAAAUCGAAACAAUUACGUGAAAAUAGUUUGGUGCUAAUUUGAACGGCGUUUGAUUUUCGUAUGUGUGUCGGUUUUUUUUUUAUUUACUCUUUAAGAAGAUUGAAAGUGAGCAUAUAUCAUUUGCGCUAUGAUUUUAUUUACCUUUGUAUUUUGUUAUCUAACAUCUGUAUAAUGACUCGAUUGUAAUGUUACAUUCUAAGCUAUAAGAUCACAUUGAACAGAAAAAAUAAAUUUUUUAUUUUUCCA